UAACAUAAAGUAUUAAAUAACAGCCUCACGUCCCGCUUAUACUGGCAGAGACAAGUAACUGCUUUGGAAACAAAAGCACAGGUUUUGGAGAUUGAAUUAAAUAGACACAAAAAAGGAACCUUCCAAGAUAUUUCCCAUAUUUCUGCACUGAAGCCUCUGCAAUAACUGGACCUCAAGUAGUUUCAAGCCAGCUGAGAUGUAUCAAUACAAGCUCAUAACAGCAAUAAAAACCACAAUAGGUGGUGUUUGCUGGGAAUUUCAUUAAUGGUUGUGUCUCUUCAGUAAAAUACAAAGCAGCUUCAUUUCACUGUGAUCAUCAGACCUUAACAGCAGCUUGCUGGCCUGAGAAAUCAUGUUGUCUUACUCAUCCUCCAUCCUCAUAGCACUGGCUGCUGUGUUAGUGCCUUGCCAUGCUUUGAGUAAAUGUCCAGGAAUUUCUGGGCUACCUGGUAUCCCUGGAAGAGAUGGUCUGAAAGGUCUGUCUGAUUCUCUGGCUGCCAAACGCCACAAUGCUUUAGCAAAUUUGAAACACCGACUUUUCCAACUUGAAUCUGUGCUUGCAUUGAACGGGGAAAUAAGAAAAGUAGGAGAGAAAAUAUUUGCCAGCAAUGGGAAGAAAGCUGACUUUGCAUCUGCACUACAAUCCUGUGAAGAGGUUGGAGGAACUCUUGCAGCUCCCAGGAACGAAGAGGAGAAUAAAGCUAUUAUGGACAUUGUGAAACAGCAUAACCAAUAUGCCUACUUGGGCAUUAGAAAGGGGGAGACUUCAGGUCAGUUUAAGUAUAUAAAUGGCAUGCCUCUGAAUUAUAGCAACUGGCACCAGCAUGAGCCUAACAGCAAAGGGAGAGAGAAAUGUGUGGAGAUGUACACUGAUGGCACCUGGAAUGACAAAAAAUGCAAUAUGUAUCGACUCACAAUCUGCCAGCUUUAAAGAAUGGCCUUUCAGCCACCACAGAGGAUAAUGAAGUAUCUGUGUUUCAGGUUGAUUGCAAUUUCUCUGUAUCUUAAAAUAUAAAAUUAAUCAUAUUGUGAUAUUUUUUAGCCUUAGUAAAAUGCCAAAUAUGCUAGUGAUUAACAUGAUUAAAAUGUGCCUGAACUGA